AAUGCAGCGCCUCCCACAGCGGUGGCGCGCGCUCCGAUCGAGAGGCUUUUGCUCGAAUGCUCACGCGCCUGCUGCUGCGCCAGCCGACGAGAAGCCUGGCGCUUGGAAAUGGGGAAUUCGGAAGCGAAUGUGGGAUUUGAUCGAGAAAAAGGGCAUUGCUUUGAUGCCGAGGCCGGUGCACAACACAAUUCCGAAUUUCCGUGGAGCCGGCAAGGCAGCUGACAAGGUGCUGCUUCUGCCCGAAUAUCGAGAGGCCCAGUUCGUGAGCGUGUGCCCGGAUGCGCCGCAGAGACAAGUGAGAUUCAUAACACUCAGGCAUAUGAAAGUGCUGCUUGUUCCUCCACCGGGGCUAAAGAAGGGCUUCUACGCGGUUGUGAGCCCGACGUACUUGUCCUUCUACAAGAUGAGAAAGACCUCGGCACGCAUUG